AGCCGUUUUGGCGAAAGAUACCGUUGUCCCUCGGGCAGACAGUGGAUACUUCUAGUCUGAGGCCAGACAUGGAAGUUUCGGUGGGCUCCUGCUGGAGCGCCCUGUUUUUCUCGCACCUGCACAGACUCGUGCAGGUACACGGACGCUCUUCCAGUUCCUGCGAAGGUUUGUGCAUUCACAGCGUGGUCGAUAAGUUCUACGCUGAAGACCCCUGGAAACCGCGCGUUCCGAUAACGGCUGGAUUCGGAACGGCUGAUGGCGCGCCGACCACGGCUGCCCCAGAAGGUGCACCGCGUGCCAGGGCUCUCCGCGCUGUCAGCUGCAGCGCUGCGGGCUCGCAAGAAACCCUGGACAGAGGUGGCGCCGCGGGCAAGAGCGAGCUCACUCCGGGCACCGCGCCGGAUGGCCGGGCGGACAGGCUAGAGAUCAUGUCGGGAGCCUUGAGACGGGGGUCAAUGCAAACUGUGGGAAAAAACACGUGGGAAAAAACACACAAAACACACUGUGGGAGAAAACACACACUGUGGGGAACAAAAAUCACACAGGGUCAGCCAGGGCACCAGAUCCUGCAGGAUCCUGCGAGGACCCCCUCUGGUUGACCCAGGUUAGCGAGCCGCUCGUGGCCGCGAGGCGGCCGCGCAUAUUGGCUGGCUUGGGUUUGCGAAGACCUGCGCUGCAGUGUUUUUUUUGUUUUUUCCUGCAUUGCACUUUUUGGUUUCCUGCUGACCCGGGUCUGGAUGACCCGGGCCAGAAGAUCCCCGACCACGAGGCGCAUGGCGGGCACCCUGAGCACCAUGCAGCCGCAGCUUGACGACACAAAGCGCGACCUGGAGGGCAUGGGCGAGCGCGUGGCCCUCCUCGAGCAGAAAGCCGAGGCGUCCUUCGCAGACGCCAUGGCUUCCACCGACCAGGACACCAUGCAGAAGCUGGACGAGAAGAUCACCAAGUUGCAGACGCAGUUGGAUCAGCCGACAGCGUCACCACUGGGAUCCUGUGCAGCGUCAUUCGCGGGGCCGGCACCGGGCUUCCCCGACGUCAAGACGUCCAAGAAGUGCAGGGUGUGGAUUUUAGGUUUCCCGCGGCUCAUGCACGCCAGGGCCAUGAUGAAGGCGGGGGAAGACAUCAAAAAGGCGUUCCCGCAGGCCGUCAGCGAGGGCGUCUCCACCAAGGCCUACAACACGAACAAAUCAUUAUUCCUUCAUGUUGUUCGAGACGUCUGGGAAAGCGAAAGACAUCCUGGACAAGGUCCUCGCGGAGGGCCUCCAAUAUCACGAUGCGGUGUCGGGUCGUAAUGUGGCACUCCAGGCGCGCCCUGACCUUCCCUUCGGCGCUCGUCGCAAAAAUCGUGCUUCCGGCACGUUGUGGAGCCGAUUCAAGAAACAUAUGGAGGACACGCAGCGCUGGAACGAGGGAAAGGUCCUCGGCUCGCAGCCGUUCAAGGGCGUCCUCUACCUGAUCCACGGCGGUGCCAUCACUUCGCUCUUCACGGUGGCGUUCGGGGACGGCGACCAGGUCCAUGUGUCCAUCGAGGCGGGCGUCCCAGGACAGUUUGGCCUGGACCAGACGGCCUGGAACAAGAUGAUCGACAUUACUGACCUGUGACGAUCAAGCGACAUGCCGGAUUCGCCGCAGGAGCUGGGUUCCGUGCCGCACGUCGGCCCCGCCGAUUCCGAUGACUACCCUUGGGAGCCUAGGGUGCAAGGCGUGCUUGUACAUGGCGUCGCGUCUACUUGCGCCAGCCCGCUUGUCGAGUUGGCCGCUGAGGA